AUGACAGCAGACGUCAAAUCGGCUGCGGCACGGAUUCUAUCCACCGAUAGCUCCCGAGAUCCGAGCUACAACAACUUCUCCUUCACUCCCUUCCUCCGCAAAAGCUUCGGUUUUGGACUCGCGAGCGAUGUACCCGUCUGCAAAGCCUACAGUGAAGGGCAUUGCCCCUUAGGACCAGCCUGCCCUGAUCGGCAUCCCACACCCUCGCGGGUAACAACGUCAACAACAACAGCGUCCGGGCUGGCGCCUUCUACAACCCAUGGCUCCCUAGUCUGCAAACACUUCCUCAAGGGGCUCUGCAAGAAAGGUCUCAAGUGCGAAUAUCUUCAUGAAUACAACCUCCGCCGCAUGCCGGAAUGCCAGUCCUUCUCGCGAUCGGGCUACUGUCCCAACGGCGAUGAUUGUCUAUACCAGCACGUGCGCGAACAAGCGCGAUUGCCGCCCUGCGAGAACUACGAUCAGGGCUUCUGCGAGCUGGGCCCCUUGUGCGCCAAGCGACAUGUUCGGCGGCGGCUUUGCAAAUACUACUUAGCCGGAUUCUGUCCGGAGGGUAAAGCGUGCCCCGAUGCUCAUCCGCACUGGUCGGAGAAUCUUCCGAAACCUAUGAUGAGAGUUGAAAAGACCGAGGAGGAAUUGGAGCGCGAAAGGGCUCUCAUCCGAGAGGAGCAGGAGAGAGAGAAGGAAAGGGAACGAGAGUGGAGGAGCGAGCGUGGCCGUGGAGGUGGCUUCAUGCGCGGCCGAUAUCGAGGACGUGGACGGGGGUAG